CGCGUUUUGGUCACCUGACUAUAGUGACGUGUAACUGAGCAUGUAAGCAGGAAGAGCCUGACCAAGUUUCAAGAUGCUAGCCGAUACCAACGAUGAAGACGUGUCUCUGUUUGAUGCCGAGGAUGACGCAGGGAAAAGGUCGAAGAAGUCGGGUGUUAAGCAUCCGGUAGCGGCCUUCUUCCACCUCUUCUUCAGAGUCAUUGCCAUCAUCGUGUACCUGCUCGCUGAGCUCAUCAGCGGGAGCUUCAUCGCCUGCAUGGUCACAAUAAUCCUUCUGCUCUCAUGUGACUUCUGGACAGUAAAGAACAUCACUGGGAGGUUGAUGGUUGGUCUGCGGUGGUGGAAUCAGGUGGAUGACGAUGGACGAAGCCACUGGGUGUUUGAGUCGAGGAAGGGUACAGGGAAGCAGCAAGCAUCAGAUUCAGAGUCCAGAAUAUUCUGGCUCGGACUGAUUGUUUGCCCCGUCCUCUGGGUCAUCUUUGUCUUUAGCACCCUGUUUUCAUUCAGGAUUAAAUGGAUGCCCGUCGUGAUCAUGGGCGUCGUGCUGCAAGGCGCCAACCUGUACGGAUAUGUGAGGUGCAAAGUGGGAGGGAAGACCAGCUUAAAGAACAUGGCUACCAAUUAUUUUGGACGACAGUUCCUCAAACAGACGCUGUCCAAGGAAGAGGAAUCGUAGAGUGCAGCUCUGCGGCGUUAACACAUCUGCAUUAUUCUCAAUGCUCUGAUAUAUAAACCUUCUUUUUCUCAGUGGACAUGGGCAGGAAAGCGUUCUCAGAACUGGAAAGGGCAGUUUUUAAUUGUGUGCUUUCUUUAAAUGACUCAGUAGAGUUGUCUGUAUCUUCCACACAGAGGUCAGAGGUGUGUUUUCACUACCUGAGGUCCAGCAAUAAAUCCUCUGAUUACCGAGAACUGCAUGAGUGUAAAACAGCUGACGCGUCAGGGUGACUUUAGUUUGUGUCGUAGUCUCACAGCUCCUUCAGAUUUCUUCUUUUAGUUAGAUUUCAUUGUCUCUAAUAACUUUAUAAAUUAACAGUAAUUAAAGAACCUUUGAGAAAUGUCGUACAGACAUUUUGGUUUGUAUGAAAGUGUGUAAAGUGUAACAGGAGAUUUGUAAAUAUGUAAGUGAACAAACUGUGUGAAGCAUCUUCUUUUGUGCAAAUACAUUUGUAACGUUUUUCCGAACUGGGUGCUCGUGUUUAUUUAUGCGGAGAGUCCAGAAAAAGUUCCAACUUUUUGAAAUGCGGGAGCCUCUAAGAAAAGAAGUGUCGAAUAAAAAGAAUCCUGUUAGAGAUUCAAGAAAAAGGAAUAAAUAUAAAUAAGAUUUGUUUCCAUUAACCAACACUGUUCCAGGGUUUUGUUUAAGUUCAGAAAUUUAUAGACUCAAAAAUAAAAAUAUUACUUAAUGAACUGAGUUUAAACAUUUAGUCUGCUAAUUCCACGGUCUGUUAUUUAUUUAUGUAAUUAGUUAUGACUGUGUUCUUCAUGCUUUUAAUGUGUUAUUUUAGUACUGAAUGACACAGCGACCCCUAGGAGUUGGUUCUCGACAUUGCAUGUAAUGGCAUCUUUCCCAACAUUUCUUUUUCUCAAAAACUCUUGAUUACAGUUCACAAAUAACAUAAACAUUUCGGCGUUUGUCUAAAAGUGCCUGAAUAACAAAAUAUCAGUGUUGAAAAGUUUUCUUUAAACUCAGAAAUCUUCUGAUUUACAUUCUUAGACAAUUACCUGUGUUUGUCUUUUGUAAAUAAAGUUUUUAAAAAAGAUGUCCGGGAUAGGCACCCCUUACCGGAAGUUGGUGUAUUUGACCUCCAUAAUAAAGGUGACACAUUAUCUAGCAAAAAGGGCUACUAAUUGUGAUAAAUGUGGGGACAAAAAUCUUAUAUUAAAGGAUGUAAAAUUUUUAAAAAU